AUGAUGCGCGAGCCCCUCUUCCCCGGUGGGAGCGUCUCCUCUGCCUCUGUCGGUCGUCGUCGGGGCUCAGAACCAUCCGAAGUGUCGUCUCCCGACGAGGCGGUUUGACUUUCGGAGGGACACUCUCGUGAACAAUGUAGAGAUGGAUUUUGUCAGGCUGUUUGCCGCCGUCGCCGUCCUCCUCCUCCAGCCCGCAUCCGCCUCCAAAGUAAAUGGCCAAAUGAUCUGUCGGCGUGGGACAGAGCGACCAUGCUACAAGGUGUCCAACAUCCAGGACAGCAGACGGAGACUGACCUUUGAGGAUGCCAGGCAGGCCUGUGGCUUGGAUGGUGGCGAGUUGCUCAGCAUUGAAACAGAAAGCGAGCAGCGACUGAUAGAGAGGUUCAUACAGCAGCUGCAAGCUGGAGAUGGAGACUUCUGGAUUGUUCUCCGCCAUAGCCCCCAGCGCUACAGGGCAGGGAACACAAACCCAGGUUGCCCCUCGCAGUACUACUGGCUGGAUGGAAGCAAGGCCAAAUACAGGAAGUGGCAUUGGGAUGAAGCGUCUUGUCGUGGUGAAAUGUGCGUGGUUCUGUACGACCAGCCAUCUGCACCACCUGACGAAGAAGGUCAUUUCCUGUUCCAGUGGAAUAACUGCAACUCUAAGAACAAGGUUGUCUGCAAAUACCCUGAAGAAAAGGUACCAGUAUUUACUGAUAGGAACAUGACACAUGCAGUUCCAUCCCUGAGGCCAAAAUUAUUCUCAACUACAGAAAGUGAUGAGAGGACAAAAAUAGUGCUACCUGAGUCAUCAGUAUCUCUCUCAGACAACACCCAGUAUGUUUCCUACAUCCUUUAUGGAACUAUUCCAACUGUCCUGCUGCUGCUGUUUGCAGCUGCUGGGAUCUUCUGCUACAAACAGCAUGCUAAGAGGAGGAAGGCAGAAACACAAAGCUAUCCCAGCACAUCACAACCAUGGAUGUCGACAACAGCUUCACUUUGCCCCGUACAAGGACCUUAUGCCUUUCGUGAUGUUACCAAACUGCCUCACACCGCCCUCGACAGCAGCAUGCCCGCAGACAUCAUGACAAAGUACCCCUGCGCUCCCUCCCAGGACUCCCAGUGUGACGAUUAUGAGAAUGUGUCAUGCACGUACAGGGAGAGCGGUUUCGUGACCAACGACAUCUAUGAGACCUGCAGAGCUCAGAGCCGGAGUCAGACUGGUUGGGUGGAAAACGAGAUCUAUGGAUAACACUGUUGGUGCCUCUCUGGUCUCUGCAGGUGUCUGUCAACCUCAUAGCAGCUAAAGAAAGUGACCCAGCUAGACAGAAGAACACACUGUUCUCCAUCCCAUUUUCUUUGAACCCCACUGGUCACUUGUGUGGUGUAAGUUUACUAAACAGGCGGCUGUGUCAGCCUGGUUAUUUGAGGAUAGACCCAUCGCCUGUGUGCAUCUCCAGUGCAGCUUUGUGAGCAUCCAGCAUUCAAUGUCGCAAGUCCCAUUAAUGCUUAAUGCAGUGUUUCCUAAUGUUUGGUAAAAUGUGACUCCAUAUUUAGGGGCAGUUCUUCCCAGAACCCCACCAAUAGACAAUUCUCAUGGUCAAAUUAUCAAACAAAUUGUGAAAUUGUUAAGACAAGUCUGCAGUUACGAUAGCAGAUAUAUGAGGGUCAAUCUUGGCACAGUUGUGAUUUUAGCUGCAACAUGAUGAACAUUGCACAGAUGAUCAUAAAAAGAUCAACGACAACCAGCUGAUAUUUAACUUGUAUUAUGUUUUACCAUAGCCACCAGUUUAGUGUAUUGUAAUGCAAAUAUUUGCUAAUUAACUAAAUCCUAGAUACAGGUGGGGCUAAUGGAAAUGCCAUCCAUCUACUGUGAUAGUGGUUGAGAUAUUUCAUCGUGGACCAAAAUGGUGGACAGAUGGACAACACUAAUAUAUUUCAAGUUUAUUUAAUAUAAAGUAUUAUUAAAAAAUCCAUCAAACAAAUUUCAGUCAGCAUAGGAAAUCUUAUUCUGACAGUGUAAAGAAAAUACAUUUUUAUUCAAUUUGACUUGAACCUAUAGUUCUUUCCUUUGUCCAGUUUUGAACCAUCAUCUCUGACGAGUCAUGUAGAAGUAGCAUAGAGGCAAAGUAGUAUUAAUGAAUUAAAUUUAGCAUUAAUGAGCCAGGUUCAGCGUGGUGGCCUAGCAAGUGCUACUACAUUUAGCAUGGUGGAUGACACAUCCAACCCUGGGAACAUGUACAAGUUUGAGGCCUCACGCAAGGUUACUCAUCUUGUAAACAAUCCAAAAUUAAACUACUCAGCCAUUUUCCAGCAACGUCACUAGAUAUCACUCUAUGAGGCACGAGGACAGAGAGAUUGUGUUAGCUCUCUACUGCUGUGGAGAUGUCCUAUUUAGGGACUAUUCUGACCUUUUCUCUCAAUCUGAAGAGCGGUGUGAACGCCGUUUAAGGCUUCCUGUUUGGACUCUGAUGUCAGGGAACAGGACAGUGCGUGCGGAAACACUGAUGACAGAACUCUGCUGACCCCAGCUAACCUUGAAGCUGCGGCCUCCUCCGUCUCCGUUUGACUGUGCAAGAAACUCAAACAUCCCACUGAUUCAACACGCACACAUUAUUUAGGAGAGACCAGUUUUGAACUUAUCAUGGAUUUAUUCAUCAUUGUUUUCUUGCAAAAGAAUAUACCUGUCUCAUAAACGUGUAUAGAUAUCACAGUUAUGUCUGAGUUUGCACCGAGUGGGCCGUUGGGUCGGUGUGUUGGAAAGAUGUAGUAAGCCCAGUAAGGAGAGGCUGAGUGUGUUCUUGGAGAAUGUUAGACAGGAAAUGCCAAAAGCACAUCUGGAACUCUUACAUUCAGGAAGUCUAUGCGUGACAGCAGAGGCCUUUGGAGCGCUGCUCUGCUUGCCUGCUUAGCAAUCCGCUGUUCUCUGUUUGACUGUCUCUGCGGGGGCUCAAGAGAACAACCACUGGGCGUGGAUGUGCGCUGUACCUCGAACAUGACAUGAUUUUUGGGCGUGUAAUAAAGUUUGGUCACUCAAAAGUA